AUGGCAGCGCUGCAUUCUGCCUUACAAGCCCUUGGGCCAUGCAAAUUCGAGGACGUUCCUGGAUCACCACCAGAGCUGGAAGGCUACUUACAAGACCUCUUUCAACAAGCACAACUCAUUCUCGAAUCAAUACCUAUACCCCCUCCUGACGAGAAGCUUGAGACUCGUUCCCGUUCUCAUACAACCACUUCGAUUGCCUCCAAUGCCUCCGAGAUCUCGUCUUCCUCCGCGCGAUCUGCUCCACCAAUUUCUGAACAUGCCGCGCUACAAAAGGAAUGGGGCAAGCCAAUCAAGCUGUCUGCAAAAGACAACCCCCUCAACAUGGCCGUAUAUAGAAUGGGUGGGAAAGAUGGAAGAGGUGCAUGGUUUGCACGACGAAGUGUGCAGGAAGGACUGGGAUUCGCCAAAUUCAAGAAGUCACUAGAGCUGGAAUUUCCUGAAUCGUUAGCCGUACAGGGCGCACCCGGUGAGGGAAAUGUAAGAGGGAUUGGUGGUGACAAGAGGGUCGAAGAUAUUUCAGUUCCAGGCAAAGGCCGGGUCGAGGUCUUUCAGCUCAGCGCACAAUUUCCUGGCCCAACUACACCGCGGGAUUUUGUCACAUUGCUCAUCAGUUCAUCAAAUGCCAUAAAGCAGAAUGACAACUCGGGCAGGCCGGACUUAACUCCGCGCCAUUAUAUGAUCAUUUCCAAACCUUGUGAUCAUCCUGAAACCCAACCACGAGAUGGCUUUGUACGAGGCUAUUACGAAAGCGUGGAAUUUAUCCGAGAAGUGCCACAACGACCGAAAAGGACGAGGUCAUCUUUGGACUUGACUAAGCUGGGGGCUGGUACAAGAAGUGCUUUAGAGAAAGAAGCUCUGCUUAGGAAUGCUGAGAAGAAAAUGACCAACUCCAUGUCUACGAAUCAUGAAAAUCGGAGCAUGGGCGAUCUCAGCGCUGCCACAAAAGGUAGUGAGGAGCUGAAUAGAAGGAGGGGAAAGACCAUUUCUUUUUCGGAGUCGAAAGCAGACGAUAUGCAUGCUGACGACGACGGCGUGGAGGAAAAGUACGAUCCUGAAGCAAAUCCAGUAGAAUGGAUCAUGGUUACUCGAAGUGACCCGGGUGGAAGUGUUCCCAGAUUCAUGGUCGAAAGAGGAACGCCAGGGAGCAUCGUAGCAGAUGCGUCCAAAUUCCUGAAUUGGGCGUGCCAGAACGAGGACAUUGAGGAUUCGAAGAGUGAUUCUCAUGUAGACUUGGGGCACCGUCGUGACAGCAUUGCGAGUUACCAGACCAAUGGUCACCUUGCUGGCCUCGACCACGAUUCAGCUGGAGAAAUGGCCACAUCGGAUGAACUUUCCUCAGCAUUACCGUCGACAUCGCACUCUCAAGCAAAGUCUGCUAACCAAGCGGGAAUCCUAUCGGACAUGACAGGUGCCCUCUCUGCGGGACUUGAGGCAUACGCACCGCAGAUCGUCCUCGACCGCCUUCCAGGACAUACACCCCAAGGAUCCAUCCACACUGGAGCAGGCAGCUCAACCACUCUGGGUCUAGAUGCCGACGACGAUUCAUCCGACUCCAUGUCAACCACUUCCUUUGCCAGCGCAGACUCGCAUCUCGACGAUGAAUCAUCAACCGACCAGCCCAGCGCCAGUCCCCCACCAACAACCUCCAAAUCCUCAUCCCAACAGAAAGGCAAACCCAAAGACGUGUCGAGUUCCAAGUCCAAAACCCACCUAACCUCCCACGAAAAAGAGCUCGCCAAACUCUCCGCCCGCCGCACAGCCCUUGACGCUAAGAUCGCCUCCACCCGAAGCAAAUCCGCCCAAUCCGCCCAAUCACAGACACAGAAAGAAAAAGAAGCCCUCCGCAGAGCCGAGGAAAAACACGCCAAAGAAAUGGCCAAACAAGAAGAGAAGUAUCGACGACAGAUUGAGAAGAUUGAACAGAGGAAGAAGAGGGAAGAGAAGAAGAUGGAGGAGCGAAGGAGGAAGGAGCAGGAGAAAGCGGAGGAGAGGAGGAAGAAAGAAGACGAGAAGGAUCAGAGGACGAAAGUGGAGAGGGAGAGGGACGAGGCUAGGGAGGAGGCGAAGAGGCUUAGAGCAGAGAUUGAAGAGGUGUGGGUUAAGAGGGUGGAGGGCUUAGAGGCUGAAAUGCGGAAGUUGAAAGGGAGUGGUAAGAAGGACGGUAGUCUUCACCAAGAAGACAAAGGUGGGACAGAAAAGGAGACAGAUGAAAAGCUUCCCACCCUUCCGCCUCGACCAGUCCCCGUCAGCCCAGCAGUCGAGAAAGAUUUCGUCAAGAAGAACCUCCUGAAAGAAGAGAAGUCGGGCCUGGGAAGGAGGAUGAGGGGAGUCAGUUUCGGCAGCGGAAGCCCCAAGAUCAACGGCAAUACGGGUGCCGGUGCCAGCAGUGAUGGGGAGAGCGGGAAGAGUACCACUAGCAGCCUGAGAGGCUCGAGUCUGUUGAGGAGAGCUCCUACGACCCUGGGCAUCAUAGGUGCAGCUGCGGCCGGGAGCGGUGAGAGUCUAGAGCAUAAGAAGGGCGCGUCUUCUUGA